AUGUACGCAUUUGAAUAUGAUUAUGAAAACACGUCUACCUUUAAAGAUGACGAGAGCACCGCCCCCUGUAGACAAGAGGAAACAUGGCUCUUUGCCAGCCGCUUCACCCCUGUGUCUUACCUGCUGGUGUUCAUUUUGGCACUAGUGGGUAAUGUUCUUGUGCUUUGUGUGAUUCGCCGCUAUAGGCAAUCUCGGCACAGCCCCUGCUCCUUCUCAUUGACAGACACCUUCCUGCUUCAUUUGGCCAUCUCUGAUCUCCUAUUGGCUUUAACGCUGCCAUUUUUUGCCGUGGAGUGGAUGAAUGAGUGGAUAUUCGGCUGGUUUGUGUGUAAGCUUGCCGGGGCACUGUUUUCACUCAAUCUCUACUGUGGUGUGCUGUUCCUGGCCUGCAUCAGCUUUGACCGCUACCUGGCUAUAGUGCACGCCAUUAAUAUCAGCUGGAGACGCAAAACCUGCCACGCUCAGCUGGCCUGUGCCGUCAUCUGGGUCACUUGUCUGGGACUGGCCAUUGUUGACGUGCGCUUCCGUGAUGUUAAGGAGCUACAUGGCAAUGGUAAAUCUGUGUGCCAAAUGGUGUUUUCUUAUGCGACGAGCCAGCAAUGGCAGGUUGGCUUGCAGUUUACAAGCCUGUUUCUUGGAUUUGUACUUCCCCUAUUGGUAAUGCUCUACUGCUACCUUCGCAUUUUCAAAGCAUUGUGCAACACCACACCACGUAGGCAGAAACGCCGCCCGCUGAGGCUUAUCAUUUCUUUGGUGGUUGUGUUUGUGGUCAGUUGGGCACCUUAUAACAUCCUGAGAACGACAGAUAGCCUGCUGACGCUGGGUUUCUUAAAGAACACUUGUCACUUAAAAAAGGUGCUGGAGGUUGGCAUUGUGGUGACUGAAAGUCUGGGGUUAGCACACUGUGCUUUAAAUCCGCUACUCUACGGCCUUGUGGGGAUAAAGUUUCGUCGUGAGCUUGCCCUGAUGUGCAAAACUGUAUUAGGACCCAAGGUGCGCAGUGGUUCAGCAAAAUGGUCCCAUGGUUGGGGAUCAACACGCAGGGCUACUGGAUCAUUCAGCUCAGUGGAGAGUGAGAAUACAUCAUAUUUCUCUGCCGUGGCCUGAAAAACUCCAGAAGACAGAGAAGUGAAAGGAGAAAUAAAAAUGAAAGGAUAAAUAAAGAUUGAGGAAAAUAAAAAGGAAAGAGAGGAACUGGAAAGUAAGUUUGUAUAGACUUAAAGAAUGACAUCUAUAGCCUACAUCUUUUCACGUGUACUCUUUUAUAAGCAUGACAUUGUCUAAUAUAGCAAAUGUACUUUUUGAAAAGGUGAAAAAGUAUUUUUGUGUGGGUGCGUGCAUGCAUGUGUAUGUGGUUUCAUUUUGUCUACACAUUUUCAAACAAUUUCUAUCAAAGAAAUGCAUUUCUUGAAACUCUCACAGAUUUUGUAUAUAUGUCAGCAAUUCUGAUUUGUGACAGUUGGUUAUUGUUACCAACAGGAACUGAAACCAUUUUCCAUUUUUCACCAUUUUUCUUCAUUUUAUCUUUUUAUUAAAUAAACAAAAUGUACAUGUACAUUUGUUUUGCUCUCUUGCAGUAUAGAAUAUCAUUUUAAACAUCAUUUUGAAUCAUUUUUCUUAACCAGCUCAUUGAUUUUUGAUUGACAUAUUGUCACUCAUAAAUAUUAAGUAGUAGUCAUGGACAUUAAUGAAUUUUCUAUAUUAUUAUUACUAUCAUUAUCUUAUUGUCAUGUUUGCUAUGUCUAUAUUUUUCUAAGAAUUUCCUGUACAUUUUUGUUAAAUUGUAAUAAAGAUUUCAAAACAAAGUAA